AAACAGCGCGCACGCUGUGAGUUUGGGUAUCCGGCCGGGUUUAAUGAUCACGGAGAGAGCUGUGCUGGGCUGUGUGCGGUUUGUAUUCAGCAGGCGGUGUUUAGUGUGUGUUGUGUGUUUAGUGUGGGGUUAUAUCUGAGCUGUGGUCAGGCUGAUGGCUCCGCUGCGGGUUCUGUGUAUUCACGGUUACCGGCAGAGCGGCAGCUCCUUCAGGGAGAAGACCGGAGCUCUGCGGAAACUCCUCAAAAAACACACGGAGCUUUUCUACAUCAGCGCCCCGCACACAGUCUCCUCUAACACGAACUCCCAAGACCAGGAGAAUUCCUCCAGUGCAGGUGAUGAAGAUCAGAGGGGCUGGUGGUUCUCUGAUGUACAGGCACACAGUUUCGAUGCGAGACAGGAUUGUGAGAGCAGUCUGGGCCUGGACGAGAGUCUGGAGGCUGUGCGAGUGGCAGUGAAGGAGCUGGGCCCCUUUGAUGGCAUUCUGGGCUUUAGUCAGGGUGCUGCCCUGGUGGCCAUGGUAUGUGCCCUGCAGGAGCAAAAACUAGAGCCUGCUUUUAGCUUCCGCUUCGCUGUCCUGGUAGCAGGGUUCCGCAGCGCCUGUGCCCAGCAUCAGCACUUCUAUGAGGGCCUGGAGAUCACCCUUCCCUCCCUGCACGUGUUUGGACAGGAAGACAAAGUGAUCCCAGAGCAGAUGAGUCGAGAGCUGCUGCCCACCUUCCCUGGAGCCCAUAUUCUCGUUCACCCAGGCGGACAUUUUAUCCCUGCUGCCUCUGCACAUCGACAGACCUACCAAAAGUUCUUACAGAUGUUUCAGUAGAAGGCGGAUGAGCAGGGGCGAACUAUUACAACAAAUACUUUAUGGAUGCCUUUAAUCUUUAAAAUGGGAAAUCAGGUAUAAUUAGAAAAAUGUACAAACUUUAAUUUAGAAGUUCAUAUUCUGCUAAAUAUAUGUGUACCUAAAAUGAAGUGAAUGUCUUUAUUUGUAAAACUGAAGAAAAAAACACGUUAAUAUAUCUUUGUUUCUCAGAUGUUUUCAGAACAAACUCAUUUCUUGUUUCAUUUUCUAUUACUGUACUAAUAAGCUUUUUAUUUGAUUCCUUUUUUAAUGAGGCACUGUGCAGACACAGUAACAAAAACAGCCUGUUUAGGAUUAUUUUUGGAUGGGAAAUAAUGGUAAUUGCAAAAAUACAAUUUACGUAUUUAUAUAAUAAGACAAUUAGUUCAUUCAAAAGAAUUACACCUGCUUAUUAGUAGAUGCAUCUUAACACAGAGUUUUAUGUUUAAUUUUAAAACGAGUCACAUUGAACAGUUUUACACCAGUUAAGGUGAUGCCACUGGUACCAUGCUAAGCUACUUAAAAAAAGUAAGCACUGGAAGUUGUUUAGAAAAAUGUGUUAAUUUGAAUCUAUUAAAAAAUAUGUUUGUUUGUAAUGCACCCAAAACACAUUUAUGCACAUGCUAUAGGUACGUAAAGUAAAGUAACAGAGUUUGGUCCGACCAAAAGAGGUGGUCUUGGUCCAGAUCUGGUUUUUCUGCAGUGUGAAGGCAGUUUUCUAGGUGGUUUGGACUUUUAGACCAAUUACAGGAAGUUGAGGCAGUCUUUAAACAAACCAGAGUAAAACAGAAUUGGUGUCGUGCCGUAAUCCGUCUCCCCUUGGUGUGGAGGUGCAACUUGCAGCAGUAUGGACCCAAAUGCUUAGACUGGGACUUCAUUUAUUUACUGUAACAGUAGAUUAACCCUUAUUUAUAAACAGAAAUAAAGGGAAACUGAGGAUGUAUACAGUGUAAUGAAAUGAAAAGACAUUACUUUCUGGUCUGGACUUUUAAGUGUGAACACAUGCCUGCACAUUUCAACUCAGAAUUUCUGCUGUUCCAGAAAAAAACACAUCAAAUGUUUACCCGAAAGCUUAUUUUAAAAGUGUGUUAAAUAUAUAAGUUGGACUCAGUUUGUCCAUGACACAGUCCACCCACAGUCUUCUACAGAUUGAACUGAUUUUUUGUCCCACAAUUCUUAGGGUACAAAGAAAUGAAUAAAGGCCCAUUUUAAACAAGUGUA